AUGUCUAUGUAUAAGCGGCUCCUCGAAUUUUAUGCUCCCACAGCGCCCAUCAAGCUUGGGUGGCUGCGCUCGUGGUUUCUGGUCACCCCAAAUCACGAACCCGACGUAUGGCGGGCAUUUCAGCGGUGGGCUACCACUACGUCUCUUGAGGUUGCUAAAUGGACAAACAAGACUUCAAAGAAAGGAGAAGACAUGUGGCAGAAGUCGGUUGACCUACUCUGCCGUCUGGAAGUCUUUCGAAAUGACCUCGGUAUACAAGCCAACUUCGAGCAGCUGAUCACCAAGGAAUUGGUCGAUAUCUUUCAAACGUCGCGACACUUCGGAUGGCCAACGAAAGCGACUCAGAACACUGUACAGAUUGUCAUCAAUGGCCUCAAGGACUACGAGCAGACGGCCAUCUGGACGAUCCUAAUGCAAGAAAUCAUUCAGGCGCUAACGGCUAAAGACAGGUCUCAGAGGGCCAGCUACGAUCAAUUCGCUGAGCUGUUUGGCAUUAAUAAAGCCUUCACCGCCCACGUCGUUCCGGGGUUGUUGGAAGAGAUUUGGGAUACCAUGGACGCCGAAACAUGGCACGCUGCUCAGGAACAACCUGACAUGGAUGAAAUCGACCCUAACAACCGUUUCACAGAGAUUGUUGAAGACAGUGUCUCUUCUGGCUGUGUCGAGUCCAAGGCCAAUAGAGGCAAAAGCAAAGGCAAGAUGGCUAUAGGUUCGGACGAACGAGAACGCAAGUCCAAAGCGAAAGGCAAGUUCAAAGAAAUCGAGUCUGCCGAUGAAGAAUGA